ACAGACAGUCAAGUCAAAAAAUUUUAUAUUUCUUCUUCUUCUUCUUCUUCUUUCUUGUUUUCCUGCUUUUUGUUCUUGUUAUUAUCCUUCAAACAAAGUAGUAACAAAUAAUAAUACUAAAGAAAGAAUGACGGCUCGGAUGGAGAGUUUAAUUGGACUUGUGAAUAAAAUACAAAUGGCAUGUACGAAAUUAGGUGAUUAUGGCGGCGGUGAUUCCACCUUGAAUUCUCUUUGGGAUGCCCUUCCUUCCGUCGUCGUUGUUGGCGGCCAGAGUUCUGGAAAGUCAUCGGUGUUGGAAAGCAUUGUUGGGAGAGAUUUUCUUCCUAGAGGAUCUGGUAUUGUCACAAGGCGGCCAUUGGUGUUGCAGUUACAUAAAACGGAUGGUGGAGAAGAGUAUGCUGAAUUUGGACAUAUUCCACGCAGGCGAUUUACUGAUUUCUCUUUGGUAAGGAAAGAGAUUGAAGAUGAAACAGAUAGAAUCACUGGAAAGUCAAAACAAAUAUCUCCGAUUCCAAUCCAUCUUAGCAUAUACUCCCCUAAAGUUGUCAACUUAACUUUAAUCGAUUUACCUGGAUUGACCAAAGUUGCUGUUGAAGGACAACCUGAAACUAUAGUAGAAGACAUAGAAAAGAUGGUUCGAGCAUAUGUCGAGAAGCCCAACUCCAUCAUAUUAGCAAUAUCUCCUGCCAACCAAGAUAUUGCAACAUCCGAUGCUAUGAAACUUGCUAAGGAGGUGGAUCCAUCAGGUGAAAGGACUUUUGGUGUGUUAACUAAGCUUGAUCUGAUGGACAAAGGAACUAAUGCAUUAGAUGUCCUUGAAGGCAGAGCUUAUCGUCUCCAACAUCCAUGGGUGGGGAUUGUGAAUAGAUCCCAAGCUGAUAUUAUGAAAAAUACUGAUAUGACUUAUGCAAGGCGAAGGGAGCAAGAGUACUUUUAUACCAGUCCUGACUAUGGACACUUGGCUAGCAAAAUGGGUUCUGAAUAUCUUGCAAAACUUCUCUCCCAGCAUCUGGAAUCUGUAAUUAAAGCAAAAAUACCAGGUAUCAUUUCUUUGAUAAACAAAGGUAUUGAUGAGAUGGAAGCAGAGUUGGACCGUCUUGGGAGACCAGUUGCCGUUGAUGAUGGGGCUAAACUGUAUACAAUAUUGGAACUUUGCCGUGCAUUUGACAAAAUAUUUAAGGAGCAUCUAGAUGGAGGACGGCCUGGAGGUGACCGAAUAUAUGGAGUUUUUGACAACCAGCUUCCUGCUGCUUUGAAAAAACUUCCAUUUGACAGGCAUCUUUCCCUACCAAAUGUGAAGAAAAUUGUUUCAGAGUCAGAUGGAUAUCAGCCUCACUUGAUUGCUCCGGAACAAGGUUAUCGACGUCUCAUAGAGGGGUCUCUAAGUUAUUUUAAGGGACCAGCUGAAGCCUCAGUAGAUGCCGUGCAUUUUGUCCUAAAAGAACUUGUCAGGAAGUCAAUUGGAGAAACUGAGGAGUUAAGGCGGUUUCCUUCGCUUCAGGCUGCUUUGUCUGGUGCUGCUGGUGAAGCAUUAGAAAAAUUCCGGGAAGAAAGUAAGAAGACAGUUGCUAGAUUGGUGGAGCAGGAGUCUUCUUAUCUGACAGUCGAUUUCUUUAGAAGACUUCCUCAAGAUAUGGAGAAAGGUGGGCCAGCACCUCCUCCUGCAGAUCGCAGGGCUGCAUCUGCUGAUCGCAAAACCCCACCCACGGACCGUGGAAUCCCUACUGCUGAACAUGGAAACCCGGGUGACCCUUUAGGAGACCGCUAUGGAGAUGCACAUUUUAGGAGGAUUGGUUCAAAUGUAUCCUCUUAUAUCAGUAUGGUGUCUGACACACUCAAGAACACAAUUCCAAAGGCAGUUGUUUACUGUCAAGUCAAAGAGGCCAGGCAAAAUCUACUCCAUUACUUCUACAUGCAAAUUGGAAAGAGAGAGGGUAAAGAGCUGGGGGAAUUGCUAGAUGAAGAUCCAUCUUUGAUGUCACAGAGACAGGAACUUGCUCAAAGACUCGAGUUAUACAAAGCAGCAAGAGAUGAGAUUGAUUCUGUGGCAUGGGUGCGGUGAUGGUAAUGCAAUCCUUAAGUUGUAUUGGUGCUUUUUCUGUACUUAAUCUUAACUCGGGUUGAUAUGCUGUGUUUGGUAUUUAGAAAGGAAUGAUAUCUGUAUAUAUGUAAAACUAAUGCGUUCUUGAUAUCUUUGAAUAUGUAUGUGUUAUCUUACAAUAAGCUCUGAAAGUUAGAUUCGA